AUGACUCCAAAUAAUCAGGCGGCCUGGAUCCCCGCCAAAAAGGCACGACCGUUCAAGGUUGGCGACGCGCCCUACACACCCCCCGGCCCGGGCCAAGUGGUGAUCAAGAACACCGCCGUGGCCAUUAACCCCUUCGACUGGGUGUUGCAGUUCAUUGGACCGGCGAUCGCUGGAUAUAUCAAAUACCCCUUCAUCUUCGGCACCGAUGUUGCCGGCGAAGUAGUCGAGGUCGGCCCCGACGUCGAGCGGUUCCAGGUAGGCGACCGAGUCUUCGGAAGCGCCACGGCCAUAGCCAAGGAGGUCAACCGCCCGGCCGAGGGUGGGUUCCAGCUGUACACGGUAAUGCGACAGCACCUGCUAGCACCCAUUCCACCUCACAUCACCGACGAACAGGCCUGUGUCCUGGGGCUGGGUCUCGGGACGGCCGCGUGGGGCCUCUUUCACCCUGACUAUCUGGGCCUCGACAUGCCUCGAAUCCCGGCCCCUAUGGACGUUGUGGGCAAGUCCGGCCUGCCGCGCACCGUCAUCAUCACCGGCGGCGCGUCGAGCGUGGGGAGCAACGCCGUGCAGCUGGCCGUGUCCGCUGGCUACCAAGUCAUAUCUACCUCGUCCCCGAGGAACUUCGAGUACGUCAAGAGUCUCGGUGCCACCCAUGUCUUCGACUACAGGAGCAAAACGUUAGUCAAGGACCUCCUGGAUGCUCUGCAGGGCCGCGAGCUGGUCGGCGCCUACACCAUUGGCCGUGGGGCUGUCGAGGCAUGUACCGCGGUGAUGCGGCAUCAUGAUGUCCGCCUCACGCGGAAGCGCAUCGCCGUGGCCGGCGCCAUAAUACCCGCCGACAAACUCACGACCUUUGUCGGCAAAGGCACGUACUUAAUAGGCAUGGUCGGCGGCAUGAUCAAGUCGACCGGGAGGCGUCUUCGGACCGGGAUCGAAGCCAAAUUCAUUCUCCUCGAUGGCCUAGUCGACGCUGAGAGCGUCGUGGCUCGCAUCUACACGGAGUUCCUGCCACAGGCGCUUGAGCAGCGCCAGUUUGUGCCAGCCCCUCCACCGCACGUGGUAGGCAAGGGGCUGAACAAGAUUCAAGGGGCUUUGGAUCUCCAGAGGAAGGGUGUCUCGGGGAAGAAGCUUGUCGUGACGCUGUAG